UUUGGUAAUUAAGACAAUUAGAAGGAAACACCUCCCCCAAAUUUUAUUUUAGGCAUAAUGUUCCUGAAAGUGUCUAUGUAUUUUCCCCCAGUAAGGAUAUAAUUCUACAAUUAAUCCUUAUUCAGUUUGAGUGCCAGAUCUGGACUGCCAAAAUCCAAAUACAAAAAAAAAAAAAAAAGCUUUGCUGCCGCAUUUGAUCAUCCGGAGUUCUGUAGCCCGAUUUUCUAUGAAAGCAGCCUGGGACAAAAGAUCUUUUGAACUGACGCUUCCUAGGACCCAGAAGAGACGUCGGCAAAAGGCCGAUUCAAUCACAUCGGAGGUGACCAGGGGAUCUUCCGACUCCUGCAACGCCGCAGUGGCGAUCGCCAUGAGUUUGCAAGCGCUUCGUUACCGCAGGGGAUCCCUGCAAAUUCUCAACCAGCUUCUGCUGCCUCAUCAGACUCUCUAUGAGGAAAUAAGCAGCGUUCGCCAGGGCUGGGAGGCCAUUCGGUCUAUGAAGGUGCGAGGUGCUCCAGCCAUUGCCAUUAUAGGUUGUCUAAGUUUGGCAGUGGAAUUGCAUAAUAAAGGAAAUGAAGAACUGAGUUUGGGUAACCUGGAGAUUUUUGUACUGGACUCACUAAGCUACUUAAUAAGUGCCAGACCUACUGCUGUCAACAUGGCCCGUGCAGCUCAGGAGCUGGGACAUUUUGUCCAGCAGGAAGCAAAACAUGAAGAUACUACUCCAGAGAGUUUACGAGAAAGUGUGAUCAACUGGGCAGAAGCAUUGCUGGACAAAGACCUGGAAGACAACAAAAGUAUUGGGGAACAUGGAGCUUGCCAUCUCUUGCAACGAGUAGGCCAGGACAAAGUGAGAGUCCUGACUCACUGCAAUACUGGCUCAUUGGCCACUGCUGGUUAUGGCACUGCACUUGGUAUCAUUCGCUCGUUACAUGGGAUGGGUCGUCUGGAGCAUGUUUACUGUACUGAAACACGGCCAUACAAUCAGGGGGCCCGGCUGACUGCUUAUGAAUUAGUAUAUGAGCAGGUGCCUUCAACACUCAUUGCUGAUAGCAUGGCCUCCUUGGCAAUGAAAGAAAAAAAGAUAUCAGCUGUCAUUGUGGGAGCAGACAGGGUUGUUGCUAAUGGAGACACUGCCAAUAAAGUUGGUACUUAUCAGCUGGCUAUUGCUGCAAGAUACCAUGGGAUUCCCUUCUAUGUGGCAGCACCCAGCACUUCAUGUGACCUGCAAUUAAAACAUGGAGGACAGAUCGUUAUUGAGGAACGGCCAAGCCAGGAACUGACAGACAUCAAUGCUGUACGAAUUGCAGCACCAGGCAUUGGAGUUUGGAAUCCAGCCUUUGAUGUCACUCCUCAUGAAUUGAUAACGGGUGGUAUUGUCACUGAGUUUGGGGUCUUUCCUCCUGCUGAACUUCAGGCAGCCCUGACACGGGAAGCGUAUAAAGUAUAGAGAACCUGAGUUAAGCUGUUUCCAGAUAGGGUGCGAAUCUAAUCUUCAACAAUUGUUACAAGGGCUUCUUUCCCUAAUCUGGCAUCUUUCUAGAUGUUUGGGAUACAGAAUUUUGUACAGCUAAAAAUACCUCUGAAUACCACUGGGUUUGAGUCUGAGUCUGAUUGGAAUGCUUGAUAUUUCUGCAAUUUUGUUACUGAAUGUUCAUUUGCAAAUUCAGCAAAUUAAAUAAUGUGGGAAUCUUGCUUCUUGAGUUUCGUGUACUUUGGCUUUGUGAGGAUUGCUUGAUUUUGGAAUUUUUGAGUCAUACUAUGACAUAUAACUUUUCUUUAACAUCAAGUGAUUUUUUAAUAUGUAUAGUAUAAUUCUUAAUCUGAACCAUUUUUCACUUGCUGCUUAGGUUUAUUUAUUAACAUUCUACUAUGUGUUCAUUACCCUGGUGGCGCAGUGAUUACAAUGCAGUAUUGUAGGCUAACUCUGUCCACAGUCUGGAGUUUGAUCCUGACAGGAGAUCAAGGUUGACUCAGCCUUCCAUCCCUCCAAGGUCGGUAAAAUGAGGACCCAGAUGUUGGGGGCAAUAUGCUGACAUUGUAAACUGCUCAAAGAGUGCUGUAAAGCACUGCGGAGCAGUAUGUAAGUCUAAGUGCUAUUGCUAAUGCACCUGUUUUAAGGUCCUUUGGUGCUGUAUCUCACAUGAUUUUAAUCUUAUGACAACAGGUUCUCUGUAGCAUUCCCUUCCAUUGUAGUUUUGUACCAGGAAAUCUUCUGCAAUACAUUUUAUGUAAACCUAAUCUUGGUAGAUAUAAAAGUAUGACCUAUUACUGAUCUCUCUAUUGGGGAAGAGGCAAGGAAAUUCAGACAUGAUAGCUUGACAUAUGGUUCAUGGCAGAAGUCACCAUUGGCUUACUUCUGCUUUAUUUUCAUUGGGGUAACUGUUCAGGAUCAAUGCACAUGGCAAAUAUUAGUUGUGAAUGCGUGACAUGAUAUUUAAGUUCUUUCUUGACUAUCUCAGAUCUUGCAAGCUGAUUCUUUGUAGCAACAUUUAUUUUCAUUUUCUGUUCUUCAGACAAAAUUCAUUCCUCACAAUAGGCCAUGUACUUCCCAUUACUUUUCAUCAGAAUAAGAUGAAAUUCCACAAUGUGUUAUUUUGAAAUGAGAGUUGGGUACAGAAGGAGAAAGAUAAAACUUCAAUGCAGUGGAAUGGGAUAAAGUUUCUACAGUAACAAAUAAAAAUUAAAAACAUAGGCAGGGAUUAUUUUGAAUUAAUGGUUUAAAUACAAAAGUGUGUGACCAGAACAUACGUUUAUUGAGGUGGCCUGAAUAAUUGCGAAUUAAAAUGCAAUACACAUACCCCCACACACGGAAAAUGAAUGGGCUGAAAGAAAGAGACGUAAAAUAUAAAGAUUUGAUAGAGUUGAUGAGCUCCUCAAAAAAGAAAAAAAUGAUAAGUUUAAAGCUCCAAAGACAGUUUAUGACACAAUGUAUGACAUAGUGGAAAAAAAGGAUAGUUAGCAAGGAUAGAAAAGUAAGGAAAAGAAAUUUUGAAUGUUGUUGGUGUUAACUAGAUGUAGUUAGAUUUCCUUUCAUUUUCUCUUUUCCUUCUUUUCCUUACUAUUUCCUAAUCUUUUUCUGUUCUUUGAGUAACAGUGCUAAUCCCAAAAUGGAAUUGUGUGAUGGGUUCAUAUGUUUAUGAACACUGCUCAAAUUUGACUUAAUAAGAAGAUAUAAACAAAAGAAUGAAUUAAUGUGUAUCAGAAAUUGCGUUGAUCCAGAAAUACAAUAAAAAUAGAUUGAAUUUUAAUCUCUCGUUAGAUCCUUUUAGUCAAACCAUCUUCUGUCAGUGAUGCUGUUAGAAGAAUUACUGUGCUUAUGUAUUGAAAUGCUUUGAACCCUUAACACAUUCUGUUUCUUAACUGUUUUAAGACAGCAGAAUCAAUGCUGAAAUAAAAAUGGACAACCUCAUAUAGAAAGAAAAUAUCUGUGGGGUUCUGUGUGGAAAGGGCCAUUUUAAUUGGAAAGAAUGAACACAAUAAUAGUUCAUGCCCAUAAAUCUGUUUUUUAAAGCAUUUAAAUUUCCUAGGGCUAGGAAUCUAUGUAGGGGAUUUUAAUUUGCAACUAAUUGUUCUGCAAAAGUAUAACUCAAAGGAGCUAUAUUUAACUUACUGGGGGGAAAAGAGGUUAUGCUAGCUUUGAUUGACUAUAAUUUUCAGCAGCUGUAGAUUUAAAAAAUGGUGCAUCAAUUAAAUGAACUGAAUUUGAAGUUAUGACUGCUAUAAUAGAGCUGAUCACAACCUGUGAUAAUGUUCUGUAUAGUUUGGUUGCGUUUGACUGGCCCUAAUGAUUUUUUGUUUCUCCAAUUCACAGAUGGGUUCUUGACGCACUGUGUUCAUGAAAAAUCCUAAUGUGAAAAUUUGCUUAAGGUCAGGGUAAUUUAAAUAGCCUGUCAAGAGAAGCUUUUAGAAAACUCAGUGUGUGACUCUAAUCUGCAAGAAUUCUCAUUAGGUAUGCCUUAUAUUAAGACAUUGAUUUUUGGCUCUGUUCCUUCAAGUGGAAAGUUCCUCUUUUAUCAGUGCGUAUGGUGGGUUAUUAAAAAUAAUUUCUCUCUC